AUGUACAAGGUAUAUUUGAAAAUAUCGCGAUAUAUCUCAAUAUUUGGAUUCAUUUCCACAGUAUUUUUCAAUACUUUGUUGAUAAUUCUAACUGGUUGGUAUUUGAAACAGCAGUUUGGAACUUAUAAACAUCUGAUUAUAAUAUUUUCGAUAAUUGGAUUGGUUUUCAACAUUUUGGGAUUUAUUUUUCAACCGGUAAGAUAAAAAAAAUUCAAAAACCGGUAAGAUAACGGAAAAUUUGGUUCUUCAGAUGCUUUUAUCUUUCAAAUCAGGAUUCAUGAGUUUUUUGAACAUUGAAACCUGGCUAUUCACACCCAACCAAUUAACAAAUUUGCUCUAUGCUUACGGUGCAUCGUUGUACAUCUCCUCAUCAUUUCUCGCAGUCAUGUUCAUCCACAGAUAUUACUCUGUAGCCAAACCUGAGCAAUUGUUUCAUUUCCAACAGAAACGUAUAACUCUCUGGGUUUCCUAUUCACUAUUCAUCGGAGCAAUCUUGUGCUUUUCAGCAAGCCAAUUCUGUCAGGUUGACGAAUUUUCAAAAAUCUAUUUCUCCGAAGAAAUGGUGAAGAUGUUUGGAAAAGGUGUUGGUGAGAUUGGUGCGAAUUCAGUCAUCAUUUUUGAUGACUUUGGAAUUCGAUGGAAAAAUGUGAUGUUUCUCAUCGUCUCUUCGAUCAUUAUAAACAUCCAAAACCUGAUAAUCUUCUAUUGCGGCCGCAAGAUUCGUCGUAAACUCUACUCAAAAAACAUCAUAUAUUCCCCAGCACUUCUCAAACUUCAUAAGCAGUUUUUCAAAACGCUCCUCUUCCAAGUGCUCACUCCAACCGUUUUACUCUUCAUCCCAACACUUCUCGUAUUCUUCCUCCCAUUUUUUGAGUUACAACACAGUUUUCCCAGUGGGAUUGUUGUAUGCCUAUAUGAGCUAUACCCUCCAAUCGACUCAAUUAUUGUGAUGUAUGUGAUCACAGAUUAUCGAGCAGCUAUCAAAGGUUCGGAGAGAUUACAAAAGAAUUCGGUAUGAUUAGUUGUUUCAGAGAUGUUCUUCUGCAAAGUUCCUACCAAGAGAGAAGACAAAUACGCGAUGAAAACGUUCCGCAAACGAAUCUGAUAAUACCAAUUAUUUUAUUCACAAUUUCAAAUACAUCAAUCAAUCAAUAAUUAUUAUACGAAAUGCUAUUAUCAUCAUAACUUCCAGCAAUCGCAUUUCCAUUACUAUCCUGCAUCUCAUAACUCGCUGGAUUCGACACAUCUUGCGUAUAAUCAUAAUUCUGCGCGUUAGCCAUCAAAAACACCAAGGAUAAUAGAAGAAAAUAGAAUUUUGCCAACAUUUUUCUUUUAUUUUUUUUGAAAUGAGUAAUUCUUGACCCACUUUUAAAUAGUACAAUAUUUGUUUUUAAAACGUUUACUUACUUAACAAAACACUGAACCAUUCACUGAUCAUGACCUUUUUUUGAAAAAAGUUUUUUUCGAGCAAAAAACUUUGCGCGCGUUGCGUGUGCGUUGCGGUACAAUGUGCCCGAAACAAACUUCAACAUCAAUUGCACUUAUCAUUCACAAAAAUCAAACCCAAUUGUUUUUUAUUUUUGAUUCCCUUAGGAAGUUUUUUGCCAUUGACAAGUCCGUAUAAAAUGAUAGGGUGACCACUUAUCUAUCAAUUACUAGUACAUGUUAUCAUGAUUUAUAGAUUGUAAGUUAUUUGUUUCAAGAGAUCAUGAACAUAUAUAUUUUUGUCAGGGUAUUUUUCUUCUUGGCGUUCGUGUUCACUACAUCCGGCCAAAUCUUUGGUGGCUACACCCAACAAUUGGUAUACCAACCCACCGUGGUGUCUCGCCCGGUUUAUUAUCAACCACAUCAACCUGUGGUCUAUCAUCAGCCAAUGGUCUACCAUCAACCCGUAGUGUACCAUCAACCUAUGGUGUACCACCAGCCAGUAGUUUACCACCAGCCCACGGUAACCUAUCAAGCCUACCAUCAACCGCUUGUCUACAGCAGCUAUUACAAGAAAAAACGAGCAUAA